UACACCGCAACCACACCGCGCGGCUCCACCGCAGAAGCCGCCAUCUUCCACCGCCGAACCGAAACGAGACCGCGCGAGUUAAACACCCUAUCCUACCCCGUACAAGUUGCCGCUGCCACCCGCCGAGGUAUCGCCAGGUGAACGACUACCUUCGUCAUCCUUGCCAGCAGUUCGAGAAACGUUAUCAAGACGACCUACGAAGAUCUCACUUCGUCUCUGAUUUCUCUGCUGGAUCACACAACUGAGUUACAACAUUACCGUUUGGAUCGGAGGAUCUUGAUAAUCGUUAUGAAGAAAUCUUUUAGAUCGCACAAUUGAACGAAUCAAAUGACAAUUCGUUAUUCAAGGAAAAAAGUGAUUUCGUUUAUAGUGUCGUGUUCGGGAAACGUUUUUAACAAGUGUAUAAAACAAUUAGACUGCUCUCAAGUUAAAAGAUUUUUUUUUUCUUUUUCUAAAAGGACCAAUUUAUUAGCUAAUUUUCGUUUGCUUGUUUUUUUUUCUUCUUUUUUCUUUUUCAUCACUUUUUCGUAUUCAACGAAUAUUAUCGUUCUCAAUUGGUGAAAAGGGAAGGGUAAACUCGACGGACUUAUUCACAAUUCGAUACACGUGACAACUGUAUGUUUCGUUGGAACUCAUGAACGCGGGCGAAUUUAAGUGUAGAGAACUUCCAUGCCUCGGGAUAUUCUCGAUCCUUGAGAUAAUUUUGAAGUGUACGAUUUAACGACGGGAAGGAAGUUAAAAGUAAUAACGGACCGUUUCUCUAGUGCGUUCUCUAUCGCGAAGAAAGGAAGACGGUAGUAUUGUAUAUCGUUCGACGGGGAUAAAGACGGGAAGAGAAAAAAAAAGGAGGAAGUUUGAGGAAGAAGAAAAAGAAGAAAAAGAAGAAAAAGAAGAAAAAGAAGAAAAAGAAGAAGAAGUAAUAGUAACAGUAGUAGAAGAAAGAAAGAAAAAAAAAAGAAAAAAAGGAAAGAGAGAGAGGGUGGUACUUCCUGUCGAUUCCAAUAAAACGAAUUUUCUCCGCGACUUGGCAAUCGAGACAGGAGGAAGAAUUUGCAAACGGAUGCUCCUCUCCCAAAGCGAGAUAAUGAAAUAAGGAUCAAAGGAUCCUUGGGGUUCGUAGGCCAAGUAAGAGCAACCGAGCAGCAUUCUGUAUGGCAUUCGUUUCCGAAGCCAACAAAUCUGUUUCCUUCGAGAGAAGCUAUCAUUCUUAAUGCGUUCUUCCUGAUCUACAAGGGUUAUCAGUUUGAUCGAAAGUAUCAAACGCGUGCUUGCUCUUUUUCUCUCAUUUUCUCUCUCUCUCUCUCUCUCUCUCUCUCUUUCACUUUCUCUUACUCUUCUUCUCGUUUUAUUCCUCGAUCCUAAAUAUCGAUAAGAGAGAUCCUAAAUUCGAUCGAUUGUAUUCACCAAGUGAUCACUAGUUCAAAAAAAAGAACGUAUCUUUGCUUAUACGAAGUAAGAAAAAACUGAUGAUCCUGCUCUCAUGACGAAUCCUUCGCGAGAUGUUGUCCGUCCCGAAGAUCGGCCUCCUGGCCUAGAUUAUCCCGAUCCUAGAUCGGUUCGUGGUGAUCAUCAAGGACAUCAAGCGAUUCCAGGGAAUCAAAUCGGUGGAGCGAGAAUACGUAGGACUAGGGCCUCUUCCUCGAGGAGAAGAAUGCACCUAGCUAACGACGUGCCUCCUCAAGGUUCUACAAGCGGUAAUCAUCAUUCUGAUUAUGCACUCACUGCUGAUCUACUCGCUGAAAGGACGCUGGAUGGUUUGCUUGCUGAACAUCCUGGAGAACUUGUGCGAACAGGUUGUCCGCACGUGGUAUGCACAGUUCUACCGUCGCAUUGGAGAUCAAACAAGACUCUUCCGGUAGCUUUCAAAGUAGUGGCACUUGGUGAGGUCGGUGACGGCACCUUGGUCACCGUACGGGCGGGUAACGACGAAAACUGUUGCGCGGAGUUACGGAAUUCCACCGCACUGAUGAAGAAUCAAGUUGCUAAAUUCAACGAUCUUAGAUUCGUCGGUAGAAGUGGCAGAGGGAAGAGCUUUACCCUGACCAUCAUGUUGCAAACAACGCCACCUCAGGUAGCCACCUUAUCGAAAGCGAUCAAGGUCACCGUGGAUGGUCCCAGAGAACCAAGGUCUAAGACAAGGCACCAAGCUUUUCAUCCAUUUCACUUCGGACCUCGACCGUUCCCAUUCGGACACCCACAGGAUCCAUUGGGAUUCAAGCUGUCCGGCUUACAACAUAUAAAUCUGGAACAAGGGGCGAGCCAAGGAUGGGGUGGAUUACCUAGAGGAUCUUUACCACCGCAUUGUCUUCCGCCACCACCUGGUCAUCACGCGCACGCACAUCCACCGCCGGCCGGUGGCUCGGCCUUCAACCCCUUUCAUCAUGCUAUCGAACAGAGGUCUCCUAGACUGCCUGGUUCCAAUACCGAUUCGACGAGGAACGAUUUGGGUCCUAUCAGUGUCUCAGUGAGAGAAGUACCACCGACAACUUCACCGGGAAAUCCUGGACCAGGAUUAUUAACAACAGCUACCGUAGCUGCACCGACACCACCAGCCGAAUCGGUUACCACUACGACCCCAAGUCCCUCAGGACAUCACCCGCAUUUCCAAGGUCUUCAUCUAUUAGGAGCAACCGGAUCGAUCUUUGGAUCGAUAUUCGCUCCACUGUUACCUCAAUCCUCAUGGCUUUACAACCCGCUUUAUCACACACAACAGUACAUUCUGGAACCUGAAUGGCACGCGCUAGCUCUCAGAAUGGCUCAACAACGAUUACAGAGACCAGAUCAAGCUAGACUCGAAGAACUUCGAAAGUUACGUGGUACAAGUGACAGUCCCGAAGGUAGCUCGAAAGAAGACAGGAAAACAGAUCAAGAGGAUCCAGAUCCUUUGAAUAGAUCAGGGAUGGAUAGUCCUGAUGGAAGUAUAGAGGUUGAUGAUAGGAACGAUCAAGAUCGAAAGAGAGAUCGGAUUAGCGAGGAAUCGUUUCUUGAACAGGACUCACCAAGAGUUUCACCGAGCAGAAGUGAUUUAGAGGAUACAACUUCGAGAGAUGCGAAUUCUCGGGACGUACCGAUUCUUCUUCGACCUAGUAUAGAAAAUUUCAAUGAUCUUGAAAUUCAAAAUGAUCACGAGGUAUCUAUUGGUAAUGAUUAUACCGUGAAAAUUCGUUUGGAAGGUACCGUCGAUCUCAGUACGAAGAAGGGCCAGGACAAAGAGAACGUAGGUCAGGAUUUGACCAUCAGAAAGAAGGAUGAUAAUAUCGAGCCAAUCAGACCGCGAAGGGAGCGAAGUCCCAAACCGAGACACGUCUGGAGACCUUAUUAAAAGGGUUGACCAAACGUGCACUAUCGAUAAGUUUAAGACGUUUAAUAUGAUUGGAAUCGUGGAAGGAAGAGAUUCCGAUCGUUAGAGAUAAAACGAGUGAUUUCGUUACUACUGCGAUAUUAACGAUACCAGAAAUAAUGUUAUCGUUAUCGUCGAUCGAAUACGAUGUGAUCAUCGUUUUUAAAAUCUAUUAAGUAUGAGGCGACUUUCAAGUAUUUUAAAUAUUAAUAUAAGUUAAAUGUAAAUAAUAUCAACCUAUCUCUUCUGCGAUCGAGAAUCAACAAUCAAAAGAAAUUUAGGAAAUACUUUAAGACUUUAUCGUGGAGAUCACUUCGAUGACUCGAGGACUAACCAGGGUUUUAUGUUCGUAAUAGCAUGUAAAUAUAUGUAACGUCCAAUCAUCAUUAUCGAUAUAGAUUAGAUUUUCGAUUAACAUUCAUUAAGUCUCAUUCUAUCUCGUUGUUCUAAUUACGAUCGAUCGUUCUUGCUGGACAAUUUCGAAUCGCAAUAAUUUUAUUGUAUUUAAUAAUCAACAUACACGCGAGAGGAUUACUUUUAAAUGAUAUUUGUCCUGUUCGAAACGAUUAUCCAUUAUUUUACAUUGCGCACGCUCGAAUCAUUAUCACUAGGCUAGACUCUGAAUUAAUUAGAAAGAUUGACGAAUUUGAUUUUAUUCGAUAUGGGCGAUGUUAUCGCGAAUGUUCGUGUCAUUGUAAAUAUUAAAUACUCACUUUAAAGAAAAACAAAAAAAAAAGAAAAGAAAAGAAAAAAGAAAAAAAAAGAAAAGAAAAAGAAGAAAAAAAACGAGGGUAAAAAGCCAAAAAAGAAAAGAAAAUCUCAACAAUGAAUAAGAAACUGUAUCACUCGUAUUUCACAAAGUCAAAGUUCCCUUAUUUUUACGGGAUAAUCUCUAUCGAUGUGUUGAAACGAUAAACGAAAGCGAAAAAGUAGACCGAUUACUAUAGUCAUAACGCGUAUCAGUCACGAAUUGUCUUUACAUCGACAUACGCGUGACAUCGGCCCGAAAAUGAAGAGAAACAAUUCACUGUUUAUCUACGUCAUCAAAUAAAGUAAUAUCAUCCGUUC